ACUCCAUUGGAGGAGGGCGGAGCCUGUCAGCGGUCCUGAUGGAGGACACAGUGCCGGAUCUUUCCCCACCCCUCUCUGAUCAGAGCAGCCCCUCCUCCCCCUCCCUGUCCCUGUCCCUCCCCUCCACCCCCUCGUCCUCUGGCGGCGGGACGCAGGCCGCCACCCCCCCUCUGGGCGAGCUCAGCCUGGUGAUCGACGCCGCCGUGGCCCAGCGGGCGUGUCAGGAGGUCCUGCAGAACGUCAGGCUGAGCCAGCAGGGCGCUGAUGUCACCGCUGAUGUCACCGCUGAUGUCACAGGUGAUAUCACCGCCGCUGAUGUCACAGGUGAUGUCACCGACGCCGAGCCAGACGCCGCCCACGUUCUGCAGAACGUCACGCUGAAUCAGCAGGCCGCUGAUGUCACCGAUGAUGUCACCGCCCCCGGCCCUCUCACGCCCCUGAAGCCGGGCCCCGACCCCGAGGGCGCGGCGCCCGGCCCGGUGAAGAGCGCGCGGCGGCGCCAGAGACACAACCCCUCCAAGCAGUCGUGGCUGCUGCGGCUGUUCGAGUCGAAGCUGUUCGACGUCUCCAUGGCGAUCUCCUACCUGCACAGCUCCAAGGAGCCGGGGGUGCAGGCGUACAUCGGCAACCGGCUCUUCAGCUUCGCCCACGACGACGUGGACUUCUACCUGCCGCAGCUGCUCAACAUGUACGUCCACAUGGACGAGGACGUGGGGGACGCCAUCAAGCCCUACGUGGUGGGUCGUAGUG